AUGAGUGUCGCGUUAACAGCCACGGCUGUUCCAGUCGUCAUCGACCUUACGCUCGACACGCCAACGACGGUUACGCCUUUGACGUCCCCUUAUAACCAUGGAGAUCCUACCCAGCAGUUUCAGUUGGCUUCGCAACAGCCGCCUGCGAAGAAGAGACGCGUGGAAAAUGACGGCCCAGGGGCAGAGCAUGUAGAGAUGCGUAUGCGGGAGUACCUUCUUCCAUAUGUGCAAAAAGCUGUUGAUGAGCUGGCACGAGAUGCUUGUCUUGUAGACACAAUUGCAAUCGAGAGCGCAAGAUUUCGAGAAAAGGUCCAGCUGAGCAAUGGACUGCUUACUGCAGAGGAUAGAGCGGAUAUUGAGGGACUGGCUACCCAGGCUGUCCAGCAACUGGCAGGUCUUACUCAAUACAGAAGACCGCAACCACAACCGAUCAAGGAAGAAGCCCCAUCGUCAGCACUGGUCAGACCCAAACUCACACUGCGAGCGGAGCAGAGGGCUUUCCAGCGUCUCGAGUCCGCUGAACCAACUUCAAAACCCGACACAGGCCCAACACGGGUUCCUAGGCCGAGAGUUCGACGACAAUAUGUCGUACCGAAGUCAAGUGACGGCUUGCCAACUGCCAGCACGUGGUUACAGCUGCAGCGACGGCCGUACUUGCAUUAUUCGGCCCGUCAAGAUAUUACCCUAGGCGUGAAUCGUCCUGUCAAUGUAGCACGUCACAGGGUGCAGCUUCCCGCAGUAUAUCAUGCCGACUUUUCCUCGCUUGAGAUUGCAGAAAUUAUGAAAAUUGUGGGACAGCACCUUUCACAGCACAUUCCGAGGACGAGGGAAGGUCUAGAGCAGAUAUUACGACAUUAUAAUGUUCCCCGAAUUAUCGGGGACUCGAUAAGCGGACGAACACAGCAAGAUAUUUACAACUUGUGCUCUGAUUUAUGUGCUGGCAAAGCCAGCCAGCCAGAUAAUUCACGGGUGCUGUCCCUGGAAGAAGUCAGCCCCGAGAGAAGAGCAAGGAACCGACGUGCCAAUCGCUUGCCAGCCUUGCUCUUGGCUCGGGAAAUGGAGGGAAACGUUGGGUUCGGCCGAAUGAGACGGUAUGAAAAUUUCCAAAAUGAGUUUCAAAAAUGCCAUGAAGACGGCCUGUCACUCGUUGCCGAGUUUACCAACUGUGCGGGAGAUAUUUCCGCCAUGUCUUGGGUGCCUGACGGUAAUAUUAUAUGUGGUACCACGGCACACUCGGAUGCGCAUAACCAGCAGUACAACAAGCCUGGAAAUCUACUACUCUGCUCCACAGAGAGAGGCACGCUGCGAGCGUUUCCGGACCAUCGAAUACCACGGCCAUUUGUGGAAAAGGGAGAGAACUCGACGGAAGCUAUGCGCCAGAGCCAAGACCCAUGGCUAUACUCGUCCGUCGUGUCGACCGACUACGACGAAAUGAAUGGUCGAGCUUUCACCUCGAGCUUUGACAAAACCGUCAAGGUGUGGAGCGUAGCUCAAGACGGAACUUCCAUGCAGGCCACGGCAACUUGGCACCACCAAGGCAACGUCAACUUCGUUGUCGCCGCCAAAGACGGGUCCGGGCGAGUGGCUACUGCUGCAGAUGUCCCUACCCAAGCAAUUCGCAUUUAUACUGUUGAUCCGAACAACGUACAGGACAGUUAUUACUACACCAUAUCUUGCACCCGAACCGAUGCUGAUGGAUCCGACAAAUGGGCUUAUUGCCCUGCUACCAUGCAAUGGGGGCAAACACCUGGAACACACCAUCUGCUGGCCAUUGGCUACUCCCCUCGCAGCUUCACCGGUGACGAUGCCGAUAUUCCAGUGGACAAGCUUCACAGUGGCGAGAUUGUACUUUGGGACGCCGAGCGACGAUGCCGAGUUCCUGUUCUGACCGUCACAACCGCCAAUGUUUUCGAAAUCGUGUGGCACCCCAUCCUUCCAGUUUUCAUCGUUGCUACCUCGCCGUCUGGACUCAUUGUUGAGCACGGCGUACGCACACAUGUCCACAUCUUUCAACUGGACAGGGACCGCGAGGAUGGCGCGUACAGCGAGUAUCAAAAACUCGAUUGCUAUGCCUCUGAUAUCAAUGAGCUUACCAUCAUGCCCAAUUCUCUGUGCCACUCCUAUAUCUCAGCUGCCUGUACAGACGGACGUGUCUACAUCUGGGACACGGCACAGGGCGAUCGACCCGCCCACAUCCUCAAGCACGGGGAACCCCUAGGCGCCGUCAUCUGCGACCGAGAAAAGGAAGACGAAGGUGUCAAGUUUACCGCCUGGGGAACAACACCAGACCGCUUCUAUACAGGCUCAAGUGAUGGCGUCGUCAAAGUGUGGGACGUGCGACGGAAGCGCCGUCCGUUUGUAAGGAAUCUCCUCGAGGGACCCGGCCCCAUAACGUGCGGCGUCUUUUCCCCAAACCACAACAAGCUCGUCGUUGGCGACGCAACAGGCCGCGUCUUUCUCUUCUCCGUAGAUGACCGAGACGAGAUGGACUCGCACUUCCUCACAAUCCCAGGCACGAAUCGCCGCGUUCGCCGUCCAAAGCCGUUUAUCCCCCACCCAGAACCCGAACCUCCAACGACGUCUUCCCCCUUCCCCGCUUCCACUCCAUCAGAUGCUUCCAUUGCUCAGUACUCGCGAGACCGAUACCUGUCUUCAAAUAGUCUCAUCCUCCAUCCAAACCCAGUCAUCGGCGCCGUCCAAGGCCCGGCGUACGCCUCCACAGGACUCUUUCGCCUCGACGCCCACGCCUACUUUGACCCGCAGGGCCCUUUGCUCCCCGAAUUCGAGAGGAAUCAACGCGCAGCGAGGGAGGCCAGUCUCGGUCCUGAAACAAGGUCUAUCCGCAGGUUGAAAGGACCUCCUGUCCAAACGUGGGUUGAAAAAUCGCUUCAUGAUGAGAAUGUGGCCAAGGAUUUUGACUCGCGUUCCCUAGACAACUGGUCCUUUUGCCAGUUGGUCAAUCUUGGAGUCCGGUUCAACAUGGAUGGAGAUGAAGGGUGGGAGUUUAUGUACGAAGAGACGCCUGUGGACACCGAUUGA